UCUCAUCCUGCUGUACACAUUCACUCUCACUCUCACUCUCACUCCUUGAUCUACGCUCGGUUAACUUUGCCGUCCUAAAGCGACCUGUCAAUUUGACAACGUACGCAAUGGCAUCACCUAGCUCUGAAGUCAUCGAUGAAGCUGACGACUGCGACUUUUCUCCUUCCAGUCCAGAGAUUGGCAUGGCAAGGGAAGGUGAGAGCGAGAUUAGCGGAUGUAGUCUGGAUGAUGAUGAAGAGGCUGUCGCAGACCCAGGUCUGCCUCGGACGCUGUCCAACCUAGUCGAGGAACAUGGUGCCGAUACUGGACCCGACAACCAUGCAAAUACUUUGCCCUCGAAGUGUCAAGUUCAGUUGUCACGACCAGGAAACACUCAAGGAAUAAGCUCGGCACCAGAUGAGCAAGCUGCGGUCUUAGCCCCAACAUGUGCUCCGCCACUUCGCAGUGCCAGAGCGAUGAAUACACUCCUCUACGACCAGAAGUACCACCCGAUGGACGAUUUCAUCCGGCCUUCCUCAGCAGCCAAGCGUCGUUCAAUACACGGUGUAACCAGCGGUGUUCUCGACAAUGAGGCAUCUGAAGAUUCUAGCUCCGAUAUGGCAAGCAUACUUGGCGAUACAGACAGCGAUGAUGAAGAUUCGCAGCCGCCCACGAGAGGUCAAAAGAGAAAAAGAUCAAAGUCUCCAAGCUCAGAGCCCACGCGGCGCUCAUCUCGUCAGAGAACAACACCGAAGGUAUCCUACAACAUGAAAAUUCACCCUCAAGACAGCGAUUUGAAGCGAGUUUGGGCAUGCGAUGGAUCUAACAGCUCACCCUCACCGACGAAGAAAGUCAGUCUCCACGCAGACACAUCUCUCAGAUCAGAGAAUCGGCCAGAUAACUCUCAGGAGGUUUAUGAGUCGCUUUUUGCAGAUUCUCCGGAGGAUUCCUCAUCAGAGCGAUCAUCGGAAUCAGUACAGAAUCCACCAAUAUUGGAGAUUUCUAUUACUGAACCUGUUUCAGAGCAGUCAAUUUCACCCGCCGAUUCAUACCAGGACUUGCAUCCAGACGUCGCAUACCUGGGUGGUAAUCUGAGGUCCUGGCCAGACGUGAAGGGGCUUCCGUUCUGCGUAUACACAGAGCGCAUAGAAGAUCAGUUGAGCGCAGAGGCAGAGGCAGCAUCACCAUUCCACUAUGAGGACGAUGAUAAAGAGAACGAUGUGAUCAACCCUGAAUUUGUUCCCACACCAAACCCCCUUGACGGCAUAUCGAUCAUACCAGCUUCACACUACCGACGAUCUCCAGGAUUCCAUUCUGGACCAGCUCAUGGCUCAAUAGCCAGUCAUGCAUUCUACGCACAUCCUCAAUUUGAGGCGUCACCAUAUGGUCUGGGCUGGAGCGAUGGUAUUCACGAUGCAGGCAACAGCUACACGCGCGACUGUCCCCUUACCGACUACAUGAGUAUCCUGGCAUCUGGCGAGAAUCUACCUCGAGCUUCUACACCUCCGGAAAUACGUCCAUGUAGUAACAAUCCUUCUGAUGGUUCUUCUCCGUCACGAAGCCUGAAAGAAUUCGAUCUUCGACGCUAAAUAUGCGCUUUGGAUGGAAACAGACAUUUAACAUCUACGAAGUCUGUUCAAACAGGGGAUGUAAUUAGGUUCUAGAGUCGCUAAGAGCCGGUCGUCAGCAUCAUUGUGCAAAAAAAAGAAGGGACAGCAUUAGGGGCGGCAAGCAGAUGAUG